AUGGUUACCGGAGUGGCGACGAUUACCGGAUCGGCGGUGGUGGUUAUAAAGCAAUUGGUGGUUGUGGUUUUGGAAGAAACCGCGAUCAUGGAUAUAGAGAGGCACUAUGCUGGUGGCCAUGGUGAUGAUAUGGUGGUGAAAGAUGAAGUGAUAUAUGUGGGAUGGUCCAAACCGCCUAGUGGUUGGAUUAAGUGUGAUGUUGCAGCAUCGUGGACAAAUGGUAUAAGUAAUAGUGGAGGUGCUUGGGUUGCAAGAGAUUCUGCAGGUGUUGUGAAUUUUCAUAGCAGACGGUCCUUCUUCAGGGUGUUUUCCGAAACCUCAUCUGAGGUUCUAAGAGACUCCUUCUUACAUCCAUCGACGCAUCAGUCCAUCUGUCUUCUGGUCUCAGAGAUUUUCCAUCGUCUUAAAGGCUUCAGGGAAUGGAGAUUGGAACAUGUGGGACAGGACAGAAACAGAGUAGCUUCCUUGAUUGCUAUUACUAGAGAUCACCGUUAUCAGUCCUAUGUAGCCACCGGAGGUCCUUCUUGGCUGCAGGGUCUCUUGGAUCAGGAAGCUUUUAACUCCAAUCACUAA